UUUUGGAGGUGACUGAAGGCAACACGACCACAAUUGAAGGGAGAAUUAUAGAGGAUGCUGAAACACCAACUCCUCCAAACCCUUCUGGACAGUGUCCCAUCUGUCGCUGGAACCUGAAGCAUAAGUACGAUUAUGUGGAUGUCUUGCUGCUGAGUCAGUUUAUCCGUUCUGAUGGAGGGAUGCUGCCACGAAGGAUUACAGGCCUCUGUUUGGAGGAGCACAAGAAAAUUGCUGUCUGUGUGCAGAUGGCUCACCGUGCAGGUUUGUUGCCAAACCACAGGCCUGCACUUCCUGAAGGGCAUAUUCCCAAGAAACCCAAACUCAACAGGUACCUGACUCGCUGGUCCGUCAAAUCUGCAAAGCCCAUCUGGAGGAGAGGCCCUAAGUGGUGCAAAAAACCCAUGCCAGUUGGACACCCUUUGCUGAAGGAUAAUGUCAAAUAUACAAACAGUCUUCUCUGUUUUAACCACUAGCGGCCAGAACUGGCAUAGUCAGUCAGCACAGCUGUUUUCCAUUGUUCUGCUUUUUUUGCAAGUUUGCCAGUAUCUCAAAUUUUCUUAUUCCAAAAUUGUCAUUAGUACUCUAUAUUGUCUCCAGUGAAUGAGCUGCAAUCUGCUGUAGGAGAAGAUUCAGCAA